UAGUUUUAGCGCAUUUUUCGGACAGUCCAAUCGGACGUUUGUAGUGACAACUGCGUUUAGAAAUGGACAAAGCAUACGAAUAUGUUAAAUCCGCUAUUAUCACAUUUAAAUUGGAAACAUGUUGUUGCUUCGCCCCUAUACGUGUUGGCGUUUUAAUAGUUGGAUAUUUUAAUUUGUUUAUAUCGAUUUUAUCCCUGAUGGGUACAGCCGAUGGCGGUAUUACGCCGCCCUUGAUGGAAGUUCAAGAUCAAUUUCUCGAGGACAACGCUUCUAAACCAGUUGGGAUUAUCGCAUACUCAUCGGAAUUAGCAUUUAGUGCAUUACUUUUGGGUGCCAUGUACCGUAACGACACAGUUUUGCUUCGUGUAUAUAUGUACUACGUUGUGGUGACCAUCGUGACUUCAAUACUGGUGUACUCCAUGGUGAUAGCGGCCGUCUCUCUCCUUACAAAGAUGGUCAUUAUUGGAAAUAUGGUUUACAAUGGCUAUGUUAUAUUACUGGUGCGAAGCGCAAUCGUUGAAAUAAAAGAAACGAGAACGUCCGAAAAAAAUGGUCACGUCACUUUAUAUUCUGUCGCGAAGUUCCAAUGUGACGAAGAAAAAAUCGAUAUUGGGAAUGUAUCUGACACUGAGCCUUCGAAACCUAUUGAGAGUUUACCGAAAGAAGAAAAUGUAGUCAAAGAAAAUGAGAGCAACGACAAACAAGAAAAUAAAACUCCACAAAAAUUGGAAACAGUCGCCGAAAAUCCUAAAGAGGAAUGAUUUGUUCAUUAAAUUAUUAACAUAA